UGGCAACGCUGUUCGUAGUCUUUGUUACAGACUUUAACCAAGUAGGACUUCGACUCGGUGAGUUCUGAGUUCUAAAAAAGAAAGCAGACGAAAGAUUCGUUACGUCGAUUUAGGACGAAACACCGGGAAAGGCUUGUUUAGUUAGUAUGACCAAAGAAACUGAUAUUGAAGAAGCAGAUCCUGUUAUAGCUAAAUUACAGAAAACAGGUUGCUUAGAAAAACAUUACGCCGUUUUGGAAUGCUGGGACAAGCAUAAAGACUGGAGGAAGUGCCAAGGAGAAGUCCACGACUUUAGGAAUUGUAUGACCAUUUUUGACAAGACCAAAUCUGCCUCAGAAUCCAAAUAAAUGGAGUGGCCUCAGUACAACUAUGCAAUUGGGAGUUUUGCCUUUGGCAUUGUGCUUGGUUUUGUUGCACCAAAGCUUAGAUCUGCCAUUCACAAUAGGGUUUUAGUACAUCUGAAUCAACCAAUCAAGAUGGUCAUUGUAGUUCGAAAUAAUUUGGGCAUGGGUAAAGGUAAAAUAGCCUCUCAAUGUGCACAUGCUGCAGUUCAGUGUUACAAGACUGCAUUAAGGAUGGACAAUAGAACAUUGAAAAUAUGGCUUGCUAGUGGUCAACCUAAAGUUGUUGUAAAAGUGGACACAGAAGAGGAAUUGCUCUCAAUUUCUGCAUUGUCAUCAAAAAUUGGCCUCAUUAAUUGUCUCAUCAGAGAUGCUGGGAAGACACAAUUAGAGCCAAGCACAACCACAGUACUAGGUAUUGGACCUGGAAAGAAGCAAGAUAUUGAUUCUGUCACUGGCCACUUGAAGUUACUUUAAAUUGACAGAAAUAAAUUAGCGGACAAAAA